GACCAAAUAUCUGUUCUCAGAAUAACCAAAUACUUUUCCUUAAAACACCGGAAUCCCCCAUUACUCACUCCCUUCUUAGUAAACUCAUCCCCUUCAUUAACGUAUAAAGCUUAUUUGCCGGUCGUACUCACCUCCCUCCCUUCCUCACACACUCUCUUUUUCCUACUACGUUAAGCAGCAUCUCCUCGUAGCGGUGGAAGUUUGGCAUCUUUCCACCUUUGUUUUUUCCUUAAAGCAGCUCGGGUUGUUCACGUAAUUUACUAGUAGGAGACCAGGAAACGGUAAAGAACUCAUUUUUUUGGUGAAUUGACAUAUUUCUGACCGUCAUUACGUCAGUACAGCAAUUGAGAACUUUCACACUGUCUACGUUUUUUCCGUUUUUUUUUCUCUUUCUCUUUUAGAAGUCAUUCAUUUUGCAUUUUUCUUAUUUGUGAAGUACUCGAUAUAGACUGUCUUUUUAACCUCUUAUUCUCGUCUUUCUCUCUCUUUUUAUUUUUUUGUUCGUUGGAUUUUUUUUUUUUUUUUUGGUUUCAGUCAAUUCUGGCUAAAAGGACGAUUCGUUUAAAGGUUUAUUUUAAACAAACGAACUAGGGGGACUAAAAGAGGCUUGUCCAUACUUAGACGCCUUUCACUAACACUAUUCUCCUUCUUUUUUUUGAAGGAAGUGAAACCGUGCGUCUCAUUCUUCCUCACCUUCCUUUGUUUCUUCUUUUUUGAUUUUUUUUUUUUGAUUUUUUCCUUUUCAUCUCUUGCUUGCUUUUUUGUUUUACUCUUCACUUGAUUUUGUCUUGAAAAAAUGAGGUUUGGUUCUCAUUUGAUUUUAGGCAGUGUUAUUGUCAUUGCCUUUACCGUUGGUACGAUUUGGAAUAGAUCAUGGGAUCGACGCAUGCAAAACAGUGCUUUCCAUCGGGAAAAGCAACAAAAUGAAGCGAAUGGUAUAGCUUCAUCUUCUAUUCCAGUGACUACGGUCGAAAAAACGUACAUUUAUACACAAACAGAGCACCACACUGAGUAUGUGACUGAAAGUGUUACGACCACAAGCACAUCUGUGGUUCCUGGACCUACAGGCGACAGCAAUCCGUCGCCUGAAAAAGUGGUGAUGGUCUUCGCUUCGAACCUCGAGUCUCACCCCGAAUCAUCUAUGUACUAUUUGGCUAAAAGUAUUGUUAAGAACCGUCGUGCGUACGCAGAACGCCACGGCUUUAAGUUCAUGCAGCGCAAUGUUGACAAUUACGAAAUCAGCAAGCAACAUGCUCCUGCAUGGUCAAAAAUUCCUAUUUUGCGUGAAGCAAUGAACACUUAUCCAGACGCAGAGUGGAUCUGGUGGUUGGACCAUGAUGCUCUGAUCAUCAACCGAGAUUUUCACUUGGUGAACGAUCUGCUGCGAUACGACAAACUCAAUAGUACCAUUUUUCGCAACCGGUGGUACACACCUGGCUCGGGUAUUAGCGACAACACUAUAACGCCCGGCGACUACAACUUGAACGACAUUCACCUGAUUAUCAGUCAGGAUUGGAACGGCAUUAAUGCCGGUAGCAUGUUCUUCCGCAACACGAAAUUUACACGGUGGUUGUUGGACGUAUGGAUUGAGCCCCUGUUCUUGGAAAAGUCGUGGAUCUUUGCUGAGCAAGAGGUCUUGGGACACAUGAUCUCUAAUUAUCCUGAACUUCGUAAGCGAGUUGCGCUUGUAUCAAAUCGCCUCAUCAAUGCUUACAGUAGUCACAUGGAGGAUUACAAUUGGCAUGAUGGCGAUUUUUGUGUCCACUUUGCUGGUUGCAAGGACUUCGGUACCUGCAAGGAAAACUUUGACAAGUUUUCCGCCAUUCUCGACCAAAAGGAAGGUCUUUCUUGGCGUGAUGAGUCAGAAUUGCCAAAACCGGAGGAGCAACAGCAGCAGCAAGGACAACAGGAAGGUCAGCAGUCCGAGCAACAAAAUCAGCCUCAGCAGCAACAAGAGCAGCAGAGUCAACCUCAACAGCAGCCAUCUCAGCCUGAGCAACAAAAUCAACCUCAACAGGAGCAAUCCCAACCUGAACAGCAAAAUCAACCUCAACAACAGCAGUCUCAGUCCGAGCAACAAAAUCAACCUCAGCAGGAGCAACAACAGCCUCAACAACAGCAGGAACAGGAGCAACAAAAUCAAUCUCAAUCGGAACAACCUUACCAGGUCCAAGCUCCAGCUCAACCACAACAGCCCUCUGAGCAACAGAAUCAACAGUAAUAAAAAUGUGCCGCAGCUUAUUACUUUUAAGCCGGGCCCUCCCACAUCGCUUAAUUAUUUUUCUAAGCAUCACUGUCUAAUGUCUGCCAUGCCCGCCGCUUGUUUUAUUUUCAACCCUUUUUCUAUCCCUCUUCUUCAUUCGUUUACAGCUAGCUAAUUUCGGACCCAAUGCUAUUAGCUCUCUACAGACAUUGAGUAUAUAUUCCGUUGUAUUACGCCUUUCCAUCGUUUUUAUGACAUUUCAAUCGCUUGUGUAUUGCUUUUCCGAUUCCACACUAUGGGCUACACUUUAGGAAUUCAUUGUUAGCAUUGUGUGCUGCAUACUUUCAAAAACAUUCUUGUUCUGAAUUUGCUUGCAAAGAAUGAUUAUAAUAUUUAUACGAGAGAUUUUUUGUCGCAGAGAUCUCGUAACUGCACCGUUUUAUGGUUUGCUAGUUUAAGGAACGAUGAUGCCCAAACUUGAUCUAAUAUGACUUUGCAAGUAUUUUUUAGACGAGGUGCUUAAUCAUAUUCAAAAGUCAACUAAGACAAAUAGGGAGCGUGUGUGUUUGUAACGGGUCGUUGCUGAAAUAGUUUUUGUUUGCAUACUUAGUCGUACUUUACUAGGCUACAAAUUUUAAUAAAUUUCAGGCAGUCGUUACAGUACUUGAUUUUGUAAGCUAGGGUAGUACUAAUAUUACUCUAGUGCCUAUUUCCAGUUGCUAUAAUCGACUAUACCCUUAAGGUCACCUUUGUGGACCCUUGCAGCACAAUCUGGAUGUAGCCCUUAUAUUAGUCUGUUCAAGC